ACAAAAUACAUUUCGAGUCGUCGGGAUGCAGAUACAGGAAGAGCUCACGGUGUAACCAUGGAAACGCCCGCGCGCCGCCGGAGCACGCGCUUGUCCUCUUGAUGUGAUUGCAUACUGCGCGCUCCCGGCUCUCCCACACGAAUCCAGCACACCAGAAAACACCUGGUUCAUGGACAGGGCCAAACACGGCAGAUAAGGGUUCCCCCCUCUAGACUUCCAGGCCUUUGGGACAUUCUCAAAUCUUCAGUCUUUCUCUGGUUGGUCCUCCACCUCCGUGACCUUGGGAUGAACGCACCAAUGAGGAGCCUCACAGGUAUGCCUGAUCGCAUGUUAUGUGCAGUGCUGGAGCAAUUUCAGCUUUACUUUUCCCUUUGAUCCACUCUCUGUAUAGCACUGCCAGCCCCAGCAUGCUGAAGAGGAAACAGAGCUCACGAGUCGAGGCCCAGCCUAUGACCGACUUUGGGCCAGAUGAGACCCUUGCAGACAGUGCUGACAUCUUCUGGAUCAACAAACCAUGGGUUCAUUCUUUGCUGCGGGCCUGUGCUAUCAUCAGUGUCAUAUCUGUGUGUAUGAACACCCCAAAGACCUUUGAGCACUACCCUCCUCUGCAGUAUGUGACGUUUACACUGGACACUUUGCUCAUGUUCCUCUACACCGCUGAGAUGAUCGCCAAGAUGCACAUCCGAGGAAUCAUCAAGGGGGACAACUCUUAUGUGAAAGACCGCUGGUGUAUGUUUGAUGGAUUCAUGGUGUUUUUCAUCUGGGUCUCCUUGGUGCUGCAGGUGUUUGAAAUAGCAAAGCUUGUAGAUCAGAUGUCGCCUUGGGGAAUGCUGAGGAUACCUCGAGCGCUGAUAAUGAUCCGGGCCUUCAGGAUCUACUUCCGCUUCGAGCUGCCCCGUUCACGCAUCACCAACAUUCUAAAGCGGUCCGGAGAACAGAUCUGGAGCGUCUCCAUCUUCCUGCUCUUCUUUCUUUUGCUUUAUGGAAUUUUGGGCGUUCAAAUGUUCGGCCCAUUCAACCAUCACUGCGUUACAAACGACACACAAAAAGACCAUGUAACAUGGAACAGUUUGGCUAUCCCUGACACACACUGCUCCCCUGAUGGUGAGGGUUACCAGUGUCCUCAUGGCUUCAAGUGCAUGGAUCUGGAGGAGCUGGGGCUCAGCCGGCAGGAGCUCGGUUACAGCGGCUUUAAUGAACUAGGUACAAGUAUCUUCACUGUGUACGAGGCUGCAUCUCAGGAGGGCUGGGUGUUUCUCAUGUACAGAGCCAUUGACAGUUUCCCUCGCUGGCGCUCAUACUUCUACUUCAUCACUCUGAUUUUCUUUUUGGCGUGGCUUGUUAAGAAUGUGUUCAUUGCCGUUAUCAUUGAGACAUUUGCUGAGAUCAGAGUGCAGUUUCAACAGAUGUGGGGGUCGAGGAGCAGCACCACAUCUACAGCUACAACACAGAUGUUCCAUGAAGACGCCGCUGGGGGAUGGCAGCUUGUAGCUGUGGACGUCAACAAACCACAUGGUCGAGCGCCUGCUUGCCUUCAGCAACUGAUGCGAUCCUCAGUCUUCCAUAUGUUCAUACUGAGCAUGGUCGCUGUUGAUGUCAUUGUAGCAGCAAGCAACUACUAUAAAGGUGAAAACUAUCGGAGGCACUAUGAUGAGUUCUACCUGGCUGAGGUUGCUUUUACAGUGCUUUUUGACUUAGAAGCACUUCUGAAAAUUUGGUGUCUGGGCUUCACCGGCUACAUCAGCUCUUCAUUGCACAAAUUUGAAUCUCUGCUGGUGGUGGGCACCACGCUGCACAUCUACCCUGACCUGUACCACUCCCAGUUCACGUACUUUCAGGUGCUGCGUGUGGUACGUUUAAUUAAGAUUUCACCGGCUUUGGAGGACUUUGUCUACAAGAUAUUUGGUCCAGGCAAAAAACUGGGCAGCCUGGUGGUCUUCACAGCCAGCCUUCUCAUCGUCAUGUCAGCCAUCAGUCUGCAGAUGUUCUGCUUUGUCGAGGAACUCGACCGUUUUACAACAUUUCCCAGGGCAUUCAUGUCAAUGUUCCAGAUCCUUACCCAGGAAGGCUGGAUAGAUGUGAUGGACCAGACUUUGGUGGCUGUUGGACGGAUGUGGGCUCCAGUUGUUGCUAUUUACUUCAUCCUCUAUCAUCUCUUUGCUACUCUGAUUCUGCUGAGUCUUUUUGUGGCUGUUAUCUUGGACAAUCUUGAGUUGGAUGAGGACUUAAAGAAGCUCAAACAGGAAGCUAACGCUGACACCAAGGAGAAGCUACCGCUACGACUCCGGAUCUUUGAAAAGUUUCCCAACAGACCUCAGAUGGUGAAGAUCUCCAAGCUCCCAUCAGACUUCACUGUACCUAGAAUCAGGGAGAGUUUUAUGAAGCAGUUCAUUGAUCGCCAGCAGCAGGACACCACCUGUUUGUUCCGCCGUCUCCCCUCUGCCUCUUCCUCUUCCUGUGACCACUCCAAGCGCUCAGCAAUUGAAGACAACAAGUAUAUUGACCAAAAGCUCCGCAGAUCAAUAUUUAGCUUUCGAGCACGCAACCUUCUGGAAAAAGAAACUACAAUCAACAAAAUUUUACGGGCUUGUACUAGACAACGGAUGCUAAGCGGAUCCUUUGAGGGCCAGCCAGCCAAGGAGAGAUCCAUACUCAGCGUGCAGCACCACAUCAGACAAGAGCGCAGAUCUCUACGACAUGGCUCGACCAGUCAGAGGAUCAGUCGAGGAAAGUCGCUCGAGACUCUCACCCAAGAUCAUUCAAGCACUGUGCGCUACCGCAACGCCCAGCGAGAGGACAGCGAAAUCAAGAUGAUCCAAGAAAAGAAAGAACAAGCUGAAAUGAAAAGGAAGGUCCAGGAGGAGGAGCUGAGGGAGAACCACCCCUACUUUGAUAAGCCUCUCUUCAUCGUGGGUCGUGAGCAUCGUUUCAGGAACUUCUGCCGGGUGAUUGUACGGGCUCGAUUUAAUGCAUCAAAAACGGACCCACUAACAGGAGCGGUGAAGAACACCAAAUACCACCAGCUGUAUGACCUCCUGGGCUUAGUCACCUAUCUGGACUGGGUGAUGAUUGUGGUGACCAUCUGUUCAUGCAUCUCCAUGAUGUUCGAAUCCCCCUUCACCAGGGUCAUGCAGGUCCCCACGCUGCAGAUCGGGGAGUAUGUGUUUGUGAUAUUCAUGAGCAUCGAGCUCAACCUGAAGAUCAUGGCCGACGGUCUGUUCUUCACCCCCACAGCCGUCAUCCGAGACUUUGGAGGAGUAAUGGACAUCUUUAUUUACCUUGUGAGUUUGAUUUUUCUGUGCUGGCUUCCUCCCGACAUCCCGCCGGAGUCUGGAGCUCAGCUGCUGAUGAUGCUGCGCUGCCUGCGACCGCUCCGGAUCUUCAAGCUUGUGCCUCAAAUGAGGAAGGUCGUGCGGGAGGUUCUCAAAGGUUUUAAGGAGAUUUUCCUGGUCUCCAUUCUGCUCCUCACUCUCAUGCUGGUGUUUGCAAGCUUUGGUGUUCAACUGUUUGCUGGAAAGCUGGCCAAGUGUAACGACCCAAGUGUUAUACAACGGGAGGACUGCCAUGGUAUAUUCCGAAUAAAUGUUAGCGUUUCCAAAAAUCUCAACUUGAAGCUGAAGCCUGGAGAGAAGAAACCUGGUUUCUGGGUACCCAGAGUCUGGGCCAACCCUCGGAACUUCAACUUUGACAAUGUUGGGAAUGCUAUGCUGGCUCUGUUUGAAGUCCUGUCGCUCAAAGGCUGGGUGGAAGUCCGAGAUGUCAUCAUUCAUCGUGUGGGACCGAUCCACGGCAUCUACAUCCAUGUUUUUGUCUUUCUGGGCUGCAUGAUUGGACUCACGCUCUUUGUAGGUGUGGUCAUUGCAAACUUCAACGAGAACAAGGGUACGGCUCUGCUGACAGUGGACCAGAGGAGAUGGGAGGAUCUGAAGAGUCGACUGAAAAUAGCCCAACCGCUCCACCUGCCCCCCCGCCCAGAGAAUGGAGGAUUCAGGGCCAAGAUGUAUGAUAUAACUCAACACCCCUUUUUCAAGCGUGGCAUCGCUGUGCUGGUGCUGGCACAGUCUGUUCUCCUGUCAGUCAAGUGGGACGUGGACGAUCAGGUGACAUUUCCUCUGGCCACCAUGUCUGUAGUUUUUACAUUCAUCUUCGUUCUGGAGGUGACGAUGAAGCUGAUAGCCAUGUCUCCAGCGGGUUACUGGCAGAGUCGCAGAAAUCGUUAUGACCUGCUGGUCACGUCGCUUGGCGUCAUUUGGAUAGUUCUGCAUUUUUCUUUACUGAAUGCAUACACCUACAUGAUGGGCACAUGCGUGAUCGUCUUCAGGUUCUUCACAAUUUGUGGCAAACAUGUGACACUGAAGAUGCUGCUGCUGACUGUAGUUGUGAGCAUGUACAAGAGCUUCUUCAUCAUCGUGGGCAUGUUCCUCCUCCUCCUCUGCUACGCUUUCGCGGGAGUUGUUCUCUUCGGAACGGUCAAAUAUGGAGAGAACAUUAACAGACAUGCCAACUUCUCCACAGCGGGAAAAGCCAUCACUGUCCUCUUCCGCAUCGUCACAGGGGAAGAUUGGAAUAAAAUCAUGCACGACUGUAUGGUCCAAGCCCCAUUCUGCACCCCAGAUAAACAUCGAUACUGGGAGACCGACUGUGGCAACUACGCUGGAGCGCUCAUUUACUUCUGCUCCUUUUAUGUCAUUAUAGCUUACAUUAUGCUCAACCUACUUGUAGCUAUCAUUGUGGAGAACUUCUCUCUUUUCUACUCCACUGAGGAGGAUCAGCUGCUCAGCUACAAUGAUCUGAGGCACUUCCAGAUCAUCUGGAACAUGGUGGACGACAAAAGAGAGGGCGUGAUCCCGACGUCCAGGGUGAAGUUUCUGCUCCGCCUUCUCAGAGGCAGGCUGGAGGUGGACCUGGACAAAGACAAGCUGCUGUUUAAACACAUGUGCUAUGAGAUGGAGAGACUUCACAGUGGAGGGGAUGUCACCUUCCAUGAUGUCCUGAGCAUGUUGUCGUACCGCUCGGUGGACAUUAGAAAGUCUCUCCAGCUGGAGGAGCUGUUGGCCAGGGAACAGCUGGAGUACACCAUCGAAGAGGAGGUCGCCAAGCAGACCAUCCGCAUGUGGCUGAAGAAAUGCCUCAAACGCAUCCGAGCCAAGCAGCAGCAGUCCUGCAGCAUCAUCCACAGCCUGAGAGAGAGCCAGCAGCAGGAGCUGAACCGCUUCCUCAACCCUCCCAGCAUCGAGACCACAGUGCCAAGUGAAGACCACAACACUAACAACCCAGACAACCCCUCGCAGCCUGAGAUGAGUGGCCUCCAGCAGCUUCUGAGCCCCACACUGUCAGACAGAGGAGGGUACAGGCAGGACUCUGGAGAACUGGGGAGACCCCAGAGGAAGCUGGGACAGUGGCGGCUGCCUGCAGGUCGCACAAGCGUCAAGUCUAUUGUGUGUAAGAUGAACCCUGUCAACGACGAGGCCUCUUCAGGGUCAGAGGUCAAGAAGUGGUGGACCCGUCAGCUGACUGUGGAGAGCGACGAGAGCGACGACAACCUCAUCGACAUUUAGACACAGAGCUGCAGCCAUAUUUGGCAUUUUUUGACACAAUUUGUUCAUUUGCUAGCUAGCUCUGAUUGCUCAGGUUUGGCAGACUUUGUGUGGACGUCCACUGAUAAAUCAUUUAGUGAGCAGUAAAAAGUGCAAAACUCUUGGGACAGGUUUGACUUAUUUCCACUUCUCAUUUUUCUAUGCAGAUCAUGUGACAGAGCAGACUCGAGAAUUAUCUGUAGACUUUAUAAACUCAUAAAUACAAAUCAAGAUCAUUUUGCUGUGUGUCUCCUUUAGCAAUCACGCCAGUGUUUUUUUAGUAUUUCAUCCUUGUCCUUCUGUUGUCGUCAGUGUUUCUGGCUGUGUCUCCUGUAAUGGUGGGCUUUGUCACUUUAUACUUAAGCCAGGCCUCUACUUCCUGUUGGAAGAACAGGGCGAAUUUAAAUAAACUUUUACCUUUAUGACUGUGAAUGUCACUUAAAGUUAAAUCUACUUGUAUUUGUGCAGCAUUACAACUUGAUCUAUUUUAUAAUGAUAUCAGCUACAUGUACCUGUUAUAAUAAAGGCCUGUUAGGCAUAUAUGAGGAAA